UUAUCAUUAUUUUACCUCCAUCACAAACAUUUGUGCCUAGUGCUUGUUAUACUAAUGCCAAAUAGAUAACAAUAAAUAAUCAAUUGGAGCAGUGACAGCUCCCACUGGAGUUAGAAUUUCUGUACAAACGAAGUAGCAACAUAAUUAUUGCAUAUUGUUGAGUGGAAUAAUAUAAUAUUGCCAAGAUGUCUCAACCAGAUGAGAACUCCUGGCGUACUCAGGCAUUUCGUCAGAGUGUGGUUGCCAAAAUUGAAGAGGCGAUAAAAAAUUCGGGAACCCCAACCUCCAAAAACAGCAUCGAUAUGGAAAAUCAUGUGUUUCAAAAGGCCAAGAACAAGGAGGAGUACCUAGGGUUCGUCGCGAGGUUGAUUCUCCAUGUCAGGGAGAUGAAUUCCAAGAAAGUACCAGGAAUGCCUCCAGGUGGUGGAGGUGGCGGUCAGGGAAUGCCAGAUCCCAUGAGUGCCCUGCAGACAUUGGCUAGACAGGGGACUGGCAAUGCUCAGGUUAUGGGAAUGCAGGGAGGGCCCAAUCCUCAGGGAAUGGUGCAGCAGCAGCCGGGUAACACGGCAGCCAAUCUUCUGCAGUCGCUAAAUCAACGUCCAGGCCCGGGAAUGACAAUGCAGAACAUGCAGAAUAAAAUGUCAGGUAUGGGAAUGAUGGCUGGUCAGCCGGGUGGUCCAAUGGGCCACAUGGCAGCGAUGCAGGGCAUGCAGGGUGGACCAAUGAUGUCCCCGAUGAAUCAAAUGGCCCAAGGUAACAUACCUCAGAUGAAUCAGAUAGGACCUGGACAGAUGGGCCAGAUGGCUAGUCCAAUGCAGCAGAAUAUGCAGAGUCCCAUGCAGAAUCCAAUGCAGAGUCCAAUGCAAGGACAGCUACAAGGGCAGCUACAGGGCCAACUGCAGGGUCAAAUACCCAAUCAGAUGCAAGCACAGCUGGCUGGACAAAUGGGGGCCAUGGGACCUGGCAUGCAGGGUGGACCCCAGCCCAUGGGGCAAAUGGGACCGGGCCAAAUGCCACCGCAAAUGGGGCUCAUGCAGCGCAAAACGGAGAUGAUGAAUACGGGCUUCACUGGGCCCAGAAAUGUUACCCCAAAUCAAUUCUUAAGACAGAGCCCAUCACCAUCGGCACCGAGUCCUGCUAGUCUUGGUGCUCCUACGAGUAAUCAGAUGGUAGCAUCGCCUGCUCUUGUACCCUCCCCCAGUCCUCAGCAUCCCAUGAUGGGACAACAACGCUCCGUGGGAAUGGCCUCAUCUCCAAGCGGUUCCCUGAACACUCCUGGUGGAGCUGUGACAAGUCCCCAGGAAGAAGCAGCAUAUCGUGAAAAAAUUCGACAGCUGAGUAGAUACGUGGAGCCCCUGAGAAGAAUGAUUACGAAAAUGGGUAACGAGGGAAAUGUCGACAAGUUGAGUAAGAUGAAGAAAUUAUUGGAGAUUCUGUCGACCCCCUCGAGGCGAGUCCCACUCGAGACAAUAAUCAAGUGUGAGGCUGUGCUGGAGAAGAUGGAUCUCAAGAGGUCGGAGAACAGUGUUGGACCAGUGGCUACAUCCAUGAAGGAGCAUCACUUCUUCAGUCCACUUCUGGAGGCUGUUAGCACUCACCUGCAGAGUCCAGUGGUCAAUCACACGCUGCAGAGGACUUUUGGGCCGUGUUUGGAGGCCCUUUUUGGACCUGAGAUCAAGGGUCUACCACCUCCAUUAAAAAGACAGCGAGUGGAAGAACCAACGAGUGAAAUUCCUGACGUUCUUCAAGGUGAAAUAGCCCGUUUAGAUCAGCGAUUCAAAGUGAGCCUAGAUCCGGCCCAACAAACGGGCUCGAAAUGCAUUCAAUUGAUCUGCUGGCUGGACGAUCGCCAUCUCCCUUGUGUUCCUCCAGUCUCAGUGACGGUGCCAUCAGACUAUCCACUUACACCACCACGAUGUGUGAUGGCACCUCACGAAUACGCAACAGCCUUCCUCUGCGCUGUUCAAAAAGCCCUCAAUGCGAGAAUAACAAAAUUACCGAAACGAUUUUCGGUCUCGCAAUUGUUGGACACGUGGGAGAUGAGCGUUCGCCAGGCCAGCGCACCUAGCCAGACACCUGUCACUGGUGCCUCUGUACUCAUGGGGCUUUAGUUCAAUUGAAUCAAGGGAAGUUCGGAAUGGGAUUCGUCUUGAGUUACUAUUAUGAUGUACCUAUAUUUAUUGAGAGUGAUCGAUUGCUCUGUGGGAUCAAUUUUAGAGUGAACGAAGUUUUAAUGAAUUUAUUGAUGAGCAAUUUUUCAUUUAGGGAUAUUUGUGCUCUAAGAAAAUUAUAUCUUUAGAUGUGAGGGGUUAGGGAAAGGUCAGGUUGGACAAAAACUUUUUCGUUCUUCGAGGAAGAUUUUUUUUAAUAGGGCGUUCAGGGCAAUGAGAAUUUUGGAUUUUUUUUUCAAUGAAAAAAUCAUGUUAAUGAUAAUUUAACGCAAUUAUAUUUAUCAGUGAAAUUUUCACUAUUUCCAUAAGGUAAUACAUAAGGAUUGAAAAAUUAUUCAUAUUUUCAUUAACGCAUCAUAUUAUUUAGUAUGUACUUAUCGAUAAUUGUGAAUGUAUUUUGGUGUUCAAGUAAUGAAAUUAAUUUUCAUCAGAGAGAACAGGAAUGAUUGACCAAAACCGCUAUCAUUUUUUAUUAAACAUUUAUAAAAGUAAAUUUGCUGUCUUCUCUGAGUGAAAAUAAUUAUUUUACAAUUUAAAAUGGUACAAUAAAUUUUUUUAUUAUA